UCUAUCUAUCAAAGUCAGUAAAAUUGAUAAAUUUUCUAAUGUAUUGACAUUACAAUCACAACAUAUUAGAAUUGGAAAUAUUAUUUAAGUGGCUAAAUCUAACGUAAAUAACAUUAAAUUCGCAAAAGUAAUCAUCAUCGUAUAUGAAUUAAAAAACCUAAUUAAAAUGCAAGAUGAUAGCCAAAAUUGCGACAUUCCAAAAGUACCAAAAAGAUCGAAAUCAAUAACGCGAUAUCCGAAAAUUAUGCCGACGUAUGUAGUCGCUUUUGCUAUGCAUGAAACGUAUGACGAUCUCAUGACCGCGCAGCAAAUGAUUUGCAAACAGAGUCCUCAAGGAAGCAUCAACUCUGUUACGCCAAAGAAUUCAGUGAAGAUUUUAGACCCUAAUGCAACCGAAAAGUUUACUCAUAUAACAGAUAUGUCUCAAGAUAAUGAUCAAACUGAAGCAUUGAAAGAUGCUGCACAAUGUGCUGAUAUUAAAAAGUCAUCAGAAACUACACUGGCUACUCUCACAAAUUCAAAUAGUAUUCAAAAUAUACAACCAGAAGUAAUAUUUAAUUCAGUACACGUCAAGCUAUUUAAGGAUGAAAGCAAAUUUAGAAAAAAAAAUCACAAAAACAAACGCGUCGAUAAAAAGAACUUUCAUUUUAAAUGCAAGCAUUGUAAAUCUAUAACCAAAAAGAUCAAAUUACGUUACAACAAAUCGAAAAGGAACGCAGUGGCUACUGAUAUAGUAGAGAGAGGCCUAUGCAAUCUGUCUAAUAUAAUAAACCAAUCUAGAAUCUUAAAAAAGGUAUUUGCCGUCGAAAAUCUGCUUGAGGAACAACCGCUUUCAGAUCGUGUUAGUACCGAAGAAUUUUCGUCACUAAGUUCAUCGACAACCAAGAAAGAUGUACUAAGUCAUUCUAGUGAUAACACAUUGACUCGAAAGUGGAGCUCAUCAUCGUCAAGGAAUGAUAAUUCGAGUAUUAAUACAUAUAGUUCUGUAAUCCAGGUGUCAUCAGAGAACGUGAUUCCUUACAAAACUGAUGUCCUUAAUGUUGCAGUAGCCGUCGCGUUCAAUAAGGCUAAGGCUAAUGAAUGUAAACAAAGGCAAUUUAUAACAAAUGAAGAAGUAUAUCUAGCAAAACAAGAUUUAACAGGUGCUGACACUGUUAUACUACCGACUGUUACGUUAACAUCUAAACCAUCAUCUUAUGAAAAUACGCAUAUAAAAAAUGCAAGGGAUAUUGUAAAUCAUAUAGAAGAUGCAUCAAGUAACGCAACACUUAUUGGUAAUAAUAAAAAAUCCAGUUUAGCAAUAUCAAUAGAUGAAGACACGUUCGUCAUCGCAAGAACUAGUUCUGAUUUCAAUAAAUCCAGUUUCAAUUCAAACUUAACUUUAACAAAUUCAGAAAUUCAAUCAGAUGAAACCAUUACCGGUAAUGAGGGAUAUGCGAGAGAUAGUGACUACAACAACGAGAAACUACUGAAUGCAGUUAUCAAUUUAGGAAUGUUUCCUGAAUCAAACCCAUCGACAAGCAAAUUCAAUGAAAAUGCCGUCAUAGUAACAAAAGAACACAAAACCUAUGUGAAAAAAGAUGACGAUGUAAUCCUAAAUGAGCAAGGCGAUUUGGUCAAGAAUAUUUUAAAAAAGAAUUUUGAUGUUGAGAAAAAUUUAGGCGUUCAUAAAAUAAUAACGCUACCAGAUGAAACGAUUAUCAGAGCAAAGCUAAAAGAAAAUCACGUAACUCAAAGCAAAACUGAGAAUGAAUUCCCAAACACUAACCCUUCCACAUUAUCAGAAAUGUGGGACAGAUUGAUACUAAUACUCGAUGCAGCAUUAAAAAGGAUUGAGGAGACACUUCCCAAUAGAAUAAUACAGGAAAUAAAGAAAAUACUAGAUUUUGAUAACUACAAAAAUUUUGUUUUAAAAGUCAUGUCGGAAAAAACAGCAGACAUUGCAGCAAAAGAAAGCGUCUUAAAUAAAGGAGUAUACGUUGAUAUGCUCCAAACAGAAACGGAUGAGAAUUUACAAUGUGACCUACUCCAGAACCAAGUUAUCGACCGACUGAUGACCAAACUAUACCCUGAAGGGCCGACUAUAAACUCGCCUAAAUUCAGUCAUAAAUUAAUUACGAAGAUUUUUAGAGAGUAUUUAGACGAUCUAUCUCCUGGACUUGAAACUGAUAUUGAAAAAGAAGAAACUAUGUCGGGCGUUGAACCAGAAUUAGCGCAAGAUGUUAGCAGAUUCCAUCGUCUUAAAGUACUAUUAUCUGUCCCUAUAAAGUUUAUGAAAGAGAAUGCCUUUGUCAUGACCAGUGUGCCGACAUUUUUGUUAAUUUUGUUAUGUAUGUACGGACUUGUUGUCUUUAUAAUGAAGCCUUUGUGAAGUUCAAGAUAUUUUUAUUUAUUUGAUCCCUCUUUUAAUACUUACCAAUAGUUUUGAUGUCAUAAUUUAAAUUGUAUUAUGUACUACGUGUUGGGUCCAUAAUUUUAUGCAGGAUUUAUGGAAAUUUCAAGUCAUCAUAGGUUUGUUAUUUACAUAUAAACCAAAAUAUUGACUACAGAUUUAUAAUGUGUUAGUUCUCCUACUUACAUUUAUUUGGUUAUUAAAAACUAUUAGUGAAUAAU